AGUGUAUUUGCAGUUGAGAUUAUGUUUGAUUCUAAACAAUACACAUUGAACAAGAGAAAAGCAUAUCUCAAGUUUCCCAGAUUUGCGCGAUCGAGUAGAGCUCCAAUCCUCAAUAAGGAUCUGCUAUUUGAAAGCUGAUUGCGUGUUUAUUACGUGGAUCAAGUAGGAAGGGAGCAAGUAUCUUAUAACAAUCAAAAUGGGGAAUCUUGGAAAUUGGAGUCUUAUGUCGCUUAUCAAAGAUAAUGGAACAUAUGGAAUUGCUUGUGCUGCCAUGGUUGCCAUAGUUAUACCUAUCCUCCUUUCUGUGGUUAUUGGGGGUAGGAGAAAGUUGAAGCAGAGAGCAGUUCCAGUUGAAGUUGGUGGUGAGGCUGGUUACGCAAUGCGCAAUGUUAGAUCGGUCAAAUUAGUUGAAGUUCCUUGGGAAGGGGCCACAACUAUGGCAGCAUUGUUUGAGCAGGCAUGCAGGAAGUAUUCACAGCAGAAGCUUCUCGGGAGUAGAAAAAUAAUUGCUAAAGACACUGUUACUUCAAGUGAUGGCAGAAAAUUCGAGAAGCUUCACUUGGGUGAGUACCAGUGGGAAACGUAUCAGCAGGUAUUUGAUCGUGUGUGCAACUUUGCUUCUGGUAUGAUUAAAUUAGGGCACGACGUUGACUCCCGUGCUGCUAUUUUUUCUGACACACGAGCAGAGUGGCUCAUCGCAUUUCAUGGAUGCUUUAGGCAGAACGUCACUGUCGUCACCAUAUAUGCUUCUUUAGGAGAGGAAGCCCUGAUUCACUCAUUAAAUGAGACUCAAGUGUCAACUGUGAUUUGUGACUCUAAGCAAUUGAAGAAGUUGAUUGCAGUGCGUUCGAGCUUGACAAGCAUUAGAAACAUAAUUUAUUUUGAUGAUGAAGAGUCUUCCAGUGAUACCAGCAUCAUCAAUGAGAUGAGUAACUAUAAGGUUUCCUCAUUUUCUGAGGUUGAAAAACUUGGAAGAGACAGCCGUGUUAAUCCUAAUUUACCUAUCAAGAAAGAUAUUGCUGUCAUUAUGUAUACAAGUGGCAGUACAGGCCUCCCAAAGGGUGUUAUGAUGACACAUGGCAAUAUUGUCGCUACUGCUGCAGCAGUUAUGACAGUGGUCCCAUCAAUUGGAAGCAGGGAUUUCUACUUAGCAUACUUGCCCCUUGCUCAUGUUUUUGAAUUAGCUGCUGAGACUGUCAUGAUAACUGCGGGUGUUGCAAUUGGCUAUGGGUCAGCACUAACGUUGACAGACACAUCCAACAAAAUUAAAAAAGGAACUAUGGGAGAUGCUUCUGCAUUAAAGCCUACUUUGAUGGCGGCAGUUCCAGCUAUACUUGAUCGUGUCAGGGAUGGAGUUCUGAAGAAGGUUGAGGAAAAAGGAGGUGUUGCAAAGAAACUUUUUGACAUUGCUUGCAGACGCCGAUUGGCGGCUAUUGAAGGAAGCUGGUUUGGGGCAUGGGGACUGGAAGCUAAGUUGUGGGAUAUAAUUCUCUUUAACAAGAUAAGGUCUAUCCUUGGAGGACAGAUCCGCUUUAUGCUUUGCGGUGGAGCUCCUUUAUCUGGAGAUACACAAAGAUUUAUCAACAUUUGCAUAGGAGCCCCCAUUGGUCAAGGGUAUGGUCUGACAGAAACAUGUGCCGGAGCCGCUUUUUCUGAGGCGGAUGAUAUUUCUGUUGGCCGUGUUGGCCCUCCUCUUCCUUGUUGUUACAUCAAGCUUGUGUCUUGGGACGAAGGCGGUUACAGGACAUCAGAUAAGCCUAUGCCUCGAGGAGAGAUUGUUGUCGGUGGAGCAAGCGUGAGUGCUGGUUAUUUCAACAGUGAAGCGAAAACUGCAGAAGUAUACAAGGUUGAUGAGAAAGGCAUGCGCUGGUUCUAUACGGGUGAUAUCGGGAGGUUCCACCCCGAUGGAUGCCUUGAGAUCAUUGACAGAAGGAAAGACAUUGUGAAGCUUCAACACGGGGAGUACAUCUCACUCGGAAAGGUUGAGGCUGCACUCUCAUCAAGCAAUUUCGUAGAGAAUAUCAUGGUGUACGCAGAUCCGUUCCACAACUUCUGUGUCGCCCUAGUGAUACCUGCACGCCAUGUUCUUGAGGGAUGGGCUGAUAAAUCCGGAUUCAAGUAUUCAGAUUUCGCUGAGCUGUGUGAGAUGCCGGAAGCUAUGAAAGAGGUUCAACAAUCACUAGCCAAGGCUGCAAAACAAGAGAAACUGGACAAGUUCGAGGUCCCGGCAAAGAUAAAGUUGUUGCCAGAGCCAUGGACUCCAGAAUCAGGCCUGGUUACUCAAGCACUCAAAUUGAAGAGGGAGCAAGUGAAGGCCAAGUUUAAGGAUGAUCUUGAGAAUUUGUAUAAAUGAAGAAAUGGAAUGUGUUCCAGGUUAAUUGUAAUAGCAACUUGUUUUUCUGUUUGUGGUGGUUUUUUUCUUUUCACACUUGCAACAAACAGUUUUCUAACUAUAUGUUGAUGGUUACCUACUUGUUUAUUAAUAAUAAAAACAUCCACAGUUUCCUGAA